AUGAAACGCAAAACUUCUCUCUCGUCACUUCUCAGCACAGUGACAAUUUUGUCUUCUGUCCAGCUCGCGUUGGGAGGGACAACCCUGGGGCGAACGCCUCAAAUGGGCUGGAACUCAUGGAACGCGUUCAAAGCAACAGUCAAUUAUACGGUCGUCCAGGAAGUCAUUGAGUCGUUCGAUUCACUUGGACUCAAGAAGGCGGGGUAUGAUUAUGUGCUCCUUGAUGACGGAUGGUCAAGCUUCAAUCGCACCGCCGACGGAUAUCUUCAGGCCAACGCAACUUCUUUCCCCUCGGGAAUCGAGGCACUAGCCAAGGAAGUGCAUGCUAAAGGCCUGAAGCUAGGUUUAUACGGCGACAGUGGUCACUAUACAUGUGCGUGGAGACCAGGAAGCUGGGGAUAUGAAGAGAGAGAUGCCCAAACCUUUGCCAGUUGGGGCGUGGACUACCUCAAGUACGAUAAUUGUGGAGGAUUCCAGUCAAUGACGGAGGCUCCCCAAGUUCGAUUUGGAGCAAUGAAGAACGCCCUCGCACUUUCAGGUCGAGACAUUUUCUAUUCGGUGUGCGAAUGGGGUUAUCAAUUCCCAUGGCAUUGGGGAGGAGAUAUUGGUCACUCCUAUCGGAUCUCGGGCGACAUUACGACAAGCUUUGCAAAUGAAACUGCGUGCCAGUGCAAGACUGCCUACUGUCUCAAUACUGGAUAUGCCGGUUGCUCUGUACUGACUAUUAUUAACAAAAUGAAAGAGAUCAGCCAGUAUCAGACCCAAGGCCAUUGGUUAGAUAUGGACAUGCUCGAAGUCGGAAACGCCAAUUUUACGCUUCACCAGCAACAGACCCACUUUGCAUUCUGGGCAGCGCUAAAGUCACCCUUGAUUAUCGGGGCUGAUCUCAGCAAACUAUCCAACGACAGCUUGGCGGUCCUCACCAAUAAAGCAGUCAUUGCCCUCAAUCAGGAUGCGCUAGCAGAGCCAGUGAUCUAUCGACAAGCGUUCAGCGAGGAAGGUCUGUUCCAGGUAUGGACUGGGAAGGUGGAGGGUGGGUAUGUUGUUCUUCUACUGAAUGAGAAGAGUUAUUCACAACAUAUCUCUCUUGCAUUUUCAAAUCUGGGCCUUGGGACUCCUAAGAAAGUCGUUGAGCUCUGGUCUGGCCAGAAUUUGCGAGAUUCUAUUAAGUUCAAUGAAACUUUGGAGUCUUAUCAAACUCUGGUAUUCAAAGUGCAGACUUAG